GGUGGGGGUCGGGGCCAUGCGCUGUCCCGGUCCCACAGGUUCUGGCCUGACCCACGGGGAGCCGCGGGGAGGCCCAGGGCCGUCCGUCACGUUCUCUUUCCUAUUUAAGGUUGAGCUCCGCCGCAGGUUCCGCCCAUCUCCCUGGACUGCGGGCUGCAGUCGGUCCCCCUGGCCAGGACGCCCCUCUGGUCCUGCCCUACCGUGAGCCCAGCGAGGCUGCCGGGCCCCCAGCCACGUCAGCUCCCCACCCAGCAUGGAGCCCCAGGACCCCAGUGUGCAGUACAGCAGGUGGGAUGAGGUCAGUGUGGGGGCUGCGUCCAGUCCGGAAGAGGCCCCCUGCUGCGACAGGCUCUCCCGGAAGCUGUGCUCGGGCCGGCUGGGGGUCACCAUGAGGAUGCUGGGAGGAGUGGCUCUCUUCUGGGUCAUCUUCAUCUUGGGCUACGUGGCCGGCUACCUGGUCCACAAGUGCAAAUAGUGCCGCCGGGGCCAUGGGCACGGGCACAGGCCGGGGGCCUUCAUGCAGAGCCCCCAACACACA